UGCGCGGUCGAGCUCCGGGGCUGCUGGGGUGGUGUGGUGCGUGGCGCCGGUGCCGCUGAGGCUCAGUGGGGCGAGUGGGUGCCCUCCCGGCUCCUGGACGGGCUGCUGAGGUUACCGCUUCCGCCACCACGGAUUCGCACCUGGCCCUGGCGGUUCCCGGCGCAGGAACUGAGACACCCUUGCGGCUUUACCUGGAGGCGUGGCUGGGGACUCGAUCAUCGCCGAGCAACCCCAGGUGUGCUCGAGCUCCAGCGCCUCGGUCGGGAGAGGCUCGGCAGAGCGACUCUCCAGUCUCCUCUCCAGCAGGUGGGACGCCAUACUGCGCGCCUCCCUCCUCUGGCCGCCCAGCCUUCCAGCAGCACUCCUGCCGACCUUUGGCCGGUUAACUCCCGAAAUUUAGGCGAGAUUACCAUCUUCAGACAGCCCCGUGUGCAGAAUCGGGAGAGUGUGCUCCUGCGCCUGGCGUCGGGGCGCCGGGAACAUCGCGCCGGAGGCGAGGGGCUUUGA